UAAAUUCAUCUUUCUGACCAAAAUGAGUUCGAAGAAAAACAAAGACCGAAUGGUAACAUUCUCGAGACACCAAAAAGAGAUCCACACAAAGCUCAACGAGCUUUCCCUUCUAUGUGGUGCUGAUGUUGGGUUUCUUGUAAUCUCCAGCACCGGGAAACCGUACACAUUCGGCAACCCUUCCUUUGAAGCUGUUGCGAAGCGGUUUCUCAACGACGAGGGGUCCUCAUUGUUGCAACAAGAUGCUGAGCAUAAAAUGAAGAUGGAAGAACUCUACAAAGUCUACAACAGUCUUGUAGAGAAGGUUGCUGAAGAGGAAAAAAAAUUGAUGAUGGCAAAGGCGGAGGCGGAGGCAUUACCGGUCGAGAGCAACGCGUGGUGGAAAAUCGACCCGGCAGAGGUAAAAGAAGAGAAAGUCGCAAAGCAGUUGCUUGAGAAGUAUGAAGAGCUUUAUGAGAAACUGCAGAAGGAGAUUGCUGCAAGGAACCAUGGAGGAGAUGUACCGUAGAUUUGAAUCGUGGAUCAUUUGUUCUAUUCGUGGUCCCUAAAAGUUAUGUAUUUUUAAAGAAUAAUUAUCACAUUGGUGAAAUUCACCGGAAUAAAAUUAUGUUUUUGUU